AUGUUACAUUCCCGACACAUUUUAUGUCGUUUGACUACGUCAGCUGCUCGGCCGCAUUGUUUUGCUAGUACUUUAGUACUUGCUGAACAAAUCGACGGUGGCAAAAUCGCACCCGUGACUCUCAAUACGUUGACUGCGGCAAGUCAAUUAAAGCAAGAUGUUGACUGUGUGAUUUUUGGUGCUGAGAAAACAAAUGAAACUGCCGCUCAAUUGCAAAAAUAUAAUAAUUUCAAUAUCAAGAAAAUCUUUAUUGCUGAAAAUGCCGCAUACAAAGGUCUACUUAGUGAAGCAGUCACACCUGUUCUGCUCGAUUUGCAGAAGAAAAAUAACUAUACGCAUAUUCUCGGUGGUUCAUCAACAUUUUCGAAAGGUAUCUUACCGCGUUUAGCUGCCCUACUCGAUGUGCAAUCAAUAUCGGACAUCACAAAAGUGAUUGAUAAAGAUCAAUAUCUUCGUUUGAUCUACGCUGGCAAUGCGAUCCUUAAACUGAAAUCUAAUGAUCAAGUUAAAGUCAUUACUGUACGUGGCACAGCAUUCGAAGCUGCUAAAGAAGGUGGCGGAAGUGGACAGGCACAAGUUGAAAAACUUGAUGCAUCACCGACAAAUGAUUUGUCAGAAUUUGUAUCACGUGAAGUUCAACAAUCAGAACGACCUGAGUUGCCUGCUGCACGAAUUAUUUUCGCUGGUGGUCGAGCACUGAAGAGCAAAGAAAACUUCAAACUUCUCUAUGAUUUAGCUGACCUAUUUCCAGGUCAAGCAACUGUCGGUGCUUCGCGAGCAGCUGUUGAUGCUGGUUACUGUGCUAACGAUUUACAGAUUGGUCAAACAGGCAAAAUUGUCGCACCUGAUCUUUACGUUGCUAUCGGUAUAUCAGGCGCCAUUCAACAUAUUGCUGGUAUGAAGGACAGUAAAGUGAUUGUUGCAAUUAACAAAGAUGGUGAUGCUCCAAUUUUUGCUAUGGCUGAUUAUGGACUUACUGGUGAUUUAUUCAAAAUUUUGCCAGAACUUACAGAAAAACUCAAGCAAAAAUAA